AUGGGGUCCCUCCACCCCUUCACCCACAGAGAAGGCUCCAAAGGCAUUAAAUCCAUCCGGCAGAAGCUGGAGAGCUUCUCGAAGGAGAGGAGAGACUGCUCUCCCCACACCUUCGGGGUGCCGCUCGCCCAGGUCAUCGCCAACGACCGCGCCUGCCGGCAGCUGCAGGAGGCCGUGGGCAGGAGCCGCCGCCUCUGCCUGGAGGUGGAGGCCACGGUGACGAGGUUCCGGGCCCAGAGGCACAGGAGGCUGGCAAUGGGCACCAGCUGCAUCCGGGCACCUGACGGGGGCUGCCCAGAGGAGCCGCUUUGCCCAGCACUUGUGGACAAGAGCUCCUGGAGCCAGCGGAGGGGGGCCAUGUCCGUGGAUUCCAUCACGGACCUGAGUGACAAUGCCUCCGAGCUGCUGGAGGCCCUGCAGCUCUCACACCCCCAUGAGCUGGACCCCCGCAGGAGCCGUGGCAAGAAGAAACAGCUGAGCCUGAACCCCAUCACCUGGCAGGUGCCACGGAUUGUGGACAGGUGCUGCACUCACCUUGAGACGCACGGGCUCCAAACUGUUGGCAUCUUCCGUGUUGGAAGCUCCAAGAAAAGAGUCCAGCAGCUGAGAGAAGAGUUUGACCGAGGGCUGGAUGUUUUCUUGGAUGAGCAUCAAAGUGUUCAUGAUGUGGCUGCCCUGCUCAAAGAGUUUCUCCGGGAUAUGCCUGAUUCCCUGAUUCCCAGAGAGCUCUAUGGAGCCUUCCUCAGCACAGCCACGCUGGAGGGGCAGGCCCAGCUGGACACGCUGCAGCUGCUGCUGUUCCUGCUGCCCCCGUGCCACAGUGACACCCUGCUGCGCCUCCUGCGCUUCCUGGCCCAGGUGGCCCGGCACGCCGAGAGCUCCUGGGACCCCGAGGGCCGCCAGAUCCCUGGGAAUAAAAUGACAGCGUCAAACCUGGCUACAGUCUUUGGUCCCAACAUCCUGCAGAAGGAGAAGCCUGGAGAGAAAGAUGCUGGUGCCCUGAACUUUGAGGACAGUGCUGCCAUAAUCCUGGUGCUCCAGAGGCUGAUUGAGCACCACCACUCCCUGUUCAUGGUGUCCCCAGAGAUGCAGUGUGACGUGCUGAGGAGGCUGUUCCAGACAGACCCCGAUGUCAUCGAGUACCUGCUGCGCAGGAAGUUCCCUGACGUGCCGAGCCCAGAGCAUGAGGAUCCCGGGGAGGAGCUGGCUCCGUGCGCGCUGCCCGGCUGGACACACAGCCUGGAGCGAGGCUCGCUCUGCUCGGAGCUCUACAGCAGCGUCUCCUUCCUAAACCUGCAUGUUGGCAUCUAGCCCUGCCCAGGCUCUCUGGACACAACCAGGCAGCUUUUCCCACAAAACCCAGCCCUUCCUCACUGUGGGGGCAGCCCCUGUGCCGGUGCCCUGGGGGCAGAGCUGUACUCGGGGGUCACCUGCCAGGCUGGCACCUCCCUGCGGGUCCAGCCACUGCCACGUCCUCAGCACAGCCUCCCCUGCCACCUCCUCCUCACAGCCCCUUGGGAAUGGAGCGCCAUCCCUACACCUGCAGGCACUCCUGGGAGGACAGGCUGAGGGAGCUGGGACUGCUCAGCCUGGAGAAGAGAUGGCUCAGAGGGACCUUAUCCAUCUACCCAAAUGCUUUUGUGAGGGCCUGGAGGGACAGGACAAGGGGAAUGGCUUCCCACUGCCAGAGAGAGAAACUGGGAUAUUCAUAAGAUAUUCAGAGAAAUUCUUCCCCAUGAGGGUGGUGAGGUUCUGACACAGGCAGGGACACCUUUCCCUGCACCAGGCUGCUCCAAGCCCCAUCCAGCCUGGCCUUCUGGCCUUGAACUUUUCCAGGGAUGGGGCAGCCACAGCAGGGCACUUUUGGGGACAAAACAGUACUUCUGCAACCAGUAUUCCAUAUUCCACCACAGCCUGCACCCAGUCCUGGUAUGAAGGCACCCAGACCUUCUCAGGUGCCCUGCUCAUGGCUGGGCUCUUAUUUUGCAAAGGUCCCUUCCCUGCAGAUCAGAACAGUUGGGAUGGGUGGGGAAGCAUUUCCAGGAGGAGCCUGUGCUGUGAGAUAGCUGGUGAGACCCCCUGGGAGCUGAUAAGCUCCACAGAGCAGCAGAGCUGUUGUGUCUGGAGGAGCAGAUAAAUUUGGGACACCAUGAGGCUGUGGAAGGUUCCAGAGGCCACAGGAACACUUGAAUGUCAGCUGUGAAACCAACAUUGUGUCCAGCCACUGCUCUGGGUGGGAUUGUACCUGCUGCAAGAGCAGCCC